GGUUGGAAGACUAAAAAUUUCUAAGAAGGGGUUCCUCUAACGCAGAUACCCCAAUGAAACAAUUCUUGGCAAGUCAUAUCCUCAUACUCUGCGUCGUUUAUGGUUCGCGGUCAACGUAUGUACAUAAGUACAUACUGGUCGAGAGGUGCGUCCAUCCAUCCUUUUCAUCUAACCAGUUAGCUCACACCACUAGUAUUAUCGUAUUCCAAGUCAAAUCCAUCGACAACAACGCUGACAGCAGGCUAUCUCGAGAAUUCUUGUUUAUCAUUUUGCCCUUCUUCGGGGACCCGUGCAUCUGCACUCUCUUAACGGGAGCAAAGAAGAGAAAAGAAAUAGGUCAAUAAACCUUUGCUCAAAGCCUAAGGUUAACAGCUCACCACAGUAACGUUCAUUCU